AUAUUCCAUUCCGAGUCCCCCAUCUCCGAUUAUUAAAUCUUGACGAAGACGACAACGACUAUUCGGACUCCGAAAUUAUAUUACACACCUGUCGACGUAUCAUUCAUCUCUUGAUAUAUCUCAAGAUGACUGUGACCAUCCCGGACGUCACUGUCGGCGUCCUUGCGCUUCAAGGCGCUUUCAGCGAGCACGUCCAGUUACUCCGCAAAGCGGCGCAAACGCUCAAGGCUCGGAACGGGCAAGACUUGAAGUGGAGCUUCAUUGAGGUCAGAACAGCCAAGGAGUUGGAGAUAUGCGAUGCGCUCAUUCUCCCUGGAGGCGAGAGUACGACCAUGUCCCUCGUGGCAGCGCGCUCCGGUCUGUUGGACCCGCUCAGGGAAUACGUAAAAGUACAACGCAAACCUGUCUGGGGCACCUGCGCGGGUCUCAUCUUGUUGGCCGAGUCUGCGAACAGGACGAAGAAGGGCGGGCAGGAAUUGAUUGGUGGUUUGGAUGUCCGGGUGAACAGGAACCAUUUUGGUAGACAGACGGAGAGCUUCCAGACGAAGUUGGAUCUUCCUUUCCUGCGGGAGGCUAUCGGCGACGGAGCCGACCUGCCUUAUCGCUGUGUGUUCAUAAGAGCGCCUGUGGUGGAGAAGAUCCUACCCCACCAUUCGGGCAUACAGACUGAGGAAGCUUCAAGAGACGCCACGGUUGUAGCGCCAUCCAAGACUCCUGCGGACGAGCUUGCGAAGGAGGAGUUGAAAGCUGAAGUUGAGGUCAUGGCAAAGGUACCUACUCAAACGCCUGCGCUACAGGGAAACAAGGCCCAUGAGCAUGCGGGCACAGAAGAUAUUGUUGCCGUUCGACAGGGAAAUGUCUUUGGCACGAGCUUCCAUCCGGAGCUUACAGACGAUGCGCGGAUACAUGCAUGGUGGUUGAAUGAGGUAUUGAAAGCAGUUGAUCGAAGACAACAGUUUGAGAUUGCAGAUCGCACGGCAUAGGGCACAAUGCAUGUUAGGAGUCUGGUGUUUUGAAUGCAUCUCGCGCAUGCGGCGAACAGUUUUUGCAGUUGUUUAGACAGGUAGACUAUUUGAGCUCCAGGUUCUGUUGUAUCCCCAUCCAUUAUUGAAAGAAUUUGAACUCC